AUAAAUGUCACUUUCACACUAUCUGCGAACCAAAUAGCCACCGCUAACCCCCCAUAGCAGGUGAUUUACCCGGUUGGAGACACAUAAUUGGUUAAACUUGAGAACUGAUGUUACACAUAAACCAAGAAAUGGUACCGUUUGGAUUAAGAGCAGAUUUACUCCAUUUCCAUUAUUCGGAUUUGUUAAUUGUUGGUGAGGAUUUUCCCCAACCCUGCUCUUCCUCCAAACCGGGUUUUAGGGGAAGAAGACGAUGCUGACUCCAACAAUCCCAACGCACAACAACAGGAUCGCUGAUUCAACUCACCAUCGACUACUCGAAGUAGUUAAGACUGCUCUUAUCAAGAUUUUUGUCUCUCCCUACGCCACUGUGUGUGAUUUGUAUUGCGGAAGAGUACCAGACGAAGAGAGAUGGGACGAAGCUCAAAUAGGUCAUUUCAUCGGAAUUGAUGAAGCAUCAUCUGGAGUUAGAGAAGUCCGAGAAGUAUGGGAGAGUCAACGAAAGACUUACACUUCAGACUUUUAUGAGCUUGAUCCCUGCAUUGAAAACUUGGAACCGAAUUUGGGGGACAAGGGAAAUACAGCUGAUAUUGUUUGUUGCAUGCAACAUUUACAGUUCUGUUUUGAAAGUGAAGAGAAAGUAAGAAGACUUCUGCAUAAUGUGUCAUCUUUAUUGAAACCAGGGGGUUACUUAAUCGGUAUUACUCUGGACUCAUCUACUAUAUGGGCAAAGUAUCAGAAAAAUGUUGAAGCUUACCACAACCGAAGUGGUGCCAUGAAACCCAACCUUGUUCCCAAUUGCAUUCGAUCAGAAAACUAUAUGAUCACUUUUGAAGUUGAAGAAGAAAAGUUUCCUUUUUUUGGGAAAAAGUACCAGAUGAAAAUUGCAAAUGACACGUCUGCUGAAACACAUUGUCUGGUACAUUUCCCAAGCUUGAUCAGACUGGCAAGAGAAGCUGGUCUUGAAUAUGUGGAGAUACAAAACUUGCUGGAAUUUUAUGAUGAUAACAGAGCGCAGUUUUCCGGGAUGCUUCUAGAAGCCGGUCAUGGUCUUGUGGACCCCAGAGCGAGGCUCUUACCAAAAUUCUAUGAUGUACUAGGUUUAUAUACUACAUUCAUAUUUCAAAAGCCUGAUCCGGAUGUUGCCCCUCCACUUAUGACCCCAUUAUUGCAUGAUCAUGGAACCCAAAUCCUUGAUGAGAGGGAGUGGCAGGGUAGUGUGUGGAGGGAUGAAGAGAAAAUUGGAGCAUCACAUUCUGAAUCAACUUUCAGCUUGGGGAAGAUAACUGAACAGAAAGGGAUUUUAGGUCCUGGACCUGCUGAUUUACGUUUUUCAGAAGCCAUUUAAGCUUCUUCCUCACUAAUAAUCUCACAAAUUCAUCAUUGAUAUUAAGAACCAAAAUCCUUGAUUUUCAUUUUUUAAUACUGUAUAAUCCUUGAUAUAUAUAGAUCACUGACGAUUGCAUUUUAUGUUGUUUAUAUUGAACAAAAUGACACAUGUCACACAGACAGUAGGGUGUACAUAUGUUAUACGUUAACUUGUUGCAUAUAUAUUAGUUUAUAUCAUCAAUCAAUUGGUAGAUUAAAUCAGUAAAUGCUGCGACUAAAACCAUAUAUUAAUUAAUUAAUUUACAUAAAAAUUUCAUUAUAUUCACUUUCCGGGUACGAAGUUUGUGGCAUAAGACCAAGCAUUGUUGGCAACGGGAUCAGCAAGGUUCUCCAAUGGUCCCUUUCCUGUAACAAUGGCUUGAACAAAGAACCCAAACAUGGAGAACAUAGCAAGUCUUCCAUUCUUGAUUUCCUUCACCUUCAACUC